ACACUCGUAGGCGUAGAUCACUGGGAAUGGGCACAGAGUAAAUGGGAAUGGGAAUGACUUUCUGGUUGACAUGUCAGAACUUUCCUAGGCGGCCGUGUUCCUGUUUGUUAUUUGAUUAACCUCCGGUAUUCUCUUUGUUGGUAUGAAGAUCUUUGGUAAAGUCUCUGUUGGUGUCGGAACAAAGGUAUUACCAAACAAGCAAAACUGAACUUAGGGGAUUGAGAGGGGUGUGUUCAAGCAUGGCAUCGAAAAAGCAGCCUCAGAUGCAGGAAAUAGAUUUAACUAAGCUAAAUUUGCAACAGUUAACCCAACUGAAACAGCAACUCGACCAGGAGCUGACUCUAUUUCAAGAGUCGUUGCAGACACUGAAGUUGGCGCAGAAUAAGUUUCAAGACUCAUUGGAAAGUCUGGAGCCUGUGAACAGCAGCUUGAAAGACAAACCAAUUUUAGUUCCGUUGACAUCAUCUAUAUAUGUUCCUGGCACUGUAAUGGACCACGAGAAAGUUGUGAUUGAUAUUGGAACGGGGUACUACAUAGAGAAGGAUAUUGAUGGAGCAAAAGAUUAUUUCAAAAGAAAAGUGGAUUUUGUCACACAGCAGUUAGAAAAGCUGCAGGGUGUAAUGAUUGAGAAAGCUAAAGUGCGAGAAGCUGUGAUGGAGGUGAUGGAGGCACAGCUGCAGGCGCAGCUCGGCGCCCAGCUGGCAGCUGCACAGCAGGCGGCAGUCAAGACGUAACCUUCUGGAGCUGCUUGUGGAGGACAAGUUUCACCUUUUUUGUACACCUAGUGCUUGCUAAUGUCAUUGAUAACUGCUGUCUCACACUAUGGAAGCUGGAUCUAAAAGCCGAUCUUCAGUUCUGUAACAAUUUGCAAAGACAUACACGCGACUGUGACAUUAUAUUUUUGGCUAUCUGUUCGAUUGUGGAAGUUUGUUAAUAAGAAUCGUCUGGGUAACUGUGUAGUCUUCUUGAUGGAAACUUUUAUGGGAAGAUUCGGUAAUUGUGCAGUAGGCAGUAAGAAAUUUUGUAAGAGUGAUGAUUUUUGCAGGCUCUACUCUGGCAUUUGUAUCUAUUGACAACUUGUUUCUUGCAGAAUGUACUUAGCAAUGAUUGCUUGUUCCUGAGGAGUUUAUCACGUGCGUAUUUGAACUCGAUACUGAUUACUAUUGUAAUAAAUGAUUUAUCUAGAGCUCUUAUUUAAUCCAGAUUGUUAGAAGUUUACCAGUUUAAUUUAAAUUAGCUCAUAUUUGUUUCAUCUGUUUUUUGUUACAGAAAUAAAUUGCUUUUGUGAACACUA